AACCUUUUACCCUCUAAAACUCCAUCAUUAUCAUCACCAUCACCACUAUCAUAAUUCAUAAUGACGCCGCAUUCGACACCUUCACCUUCACCGAGUUCUUCUUCCACCUCGCUCCGCGAUAUCGUCCCUAUAGGCGGUAACGGGGAUGAGGAUGAUGACGCUUAUACUAGCGAUACCAGCGAUACAAGCACGGACUCGCACUCUCCUCGGCAGGAGCUGGAGGAGGCACGCUCUCCAAGGAGUCGCAAACCCCCGCCGCCAGCUCUUUCCCGAGUCCUUAGCGGGAACCACUUAGCUCCCCCACCUCCGUCGUCUAUAUGGCGCAACCUAUCGCGUUCGCCGUCGCCGUUGGGGCUUAUUCCGAUACACAGAACUUUCUCCUCACUCAUACACAAACAUGAAGUUCCCCGUAAACUCCUGCACGUUUCUAUUGGCUUCGUAGUUUUAUACCUUUACCGAACCGGACGCCAGCCAAUACAUAUCACCCCACCUUUAACCGCCGCCUUAAUCCCUAUCGCGAGUGCGGACCUGCUGCGCUUCUACUCACCAUCUUUCAACCAACUCUACAUCCGCCUACUCGGCGCCCUCAUGCGCGAGAGUGAGGUCACAGGGUGGAACGGGGUUGUCUGGUACCUUGUCGGCACAAUAACCGUACUAAGCAUAUUCCCGAAGGAUGUCGCUACGCUCAGCAUCCUCCUACUAUCAUGGUGCGACACAGCAGCCAGUACCUUCGGCCGCGCAUGGGGACGCUACACACCGCGAAUCCGCCGGGGUAAGAGUCUGGCGGGGAUCUGGCGAGCUUCGCAGUCGGCGCCGUCACUGCUGCCGCCUUCUGGGGCACUGGGCCUGCAGGCGCUGGGGCUGGGAGACGUACAGGUCAACGGAGGAUGGGGGCUUGCACUCAUGAGCGUUGUCACGGGUGUGAUUGCAAGUGUCUCUGAGGCGAUGGAUGUUUUUGGAUUGGACGAUAAUGUAGUCAUACCGGUGUUGAGUGCUGUGGGCGUUUGGGGGGUUUUGAGGAUUUUUGGGUAGAUUUAUUCUCGGCGGCGUUGGUGGGAUGCGAUAGUGAGAACGGCAUGAAACAGAAUGAAAAGGAAUGGUAUGGGUGUGCACUGGAUGGAGUUGGUGGGGUUUUUUCUUCUCUUCUUUCCCUUUUCUUCUUCGUAUGCUCAAGCUCUUUUCAUUGCUAUACUCAUAGCACUUUAUCCCUUACCCCUUAUUACCUACCCUUCUACUCUCCUAUUCUCUUAUUUAUUCAUUUUCUACACUUCGCUCCUGUUUGUUUCCACCAUCAUGGGUAUGAGUUAGCUUACACAACUAGUACUUGUUAGCGUAAUGGUUCAUCUCAUCCUCCACUCUUGAUUGCUAUCACCCCCUUCCUUUCUAUUUGUCUUUAUCUUUAUCUUUCUGCUUUUCUUUCCCCCCCUUCCUUUUUCUUUCUUUUUCUAGGAACAGUUGAUUCGCCGUGCGUUUUAUUUCGUCCGGCAUGGCAUGAGAAGAUAAAUCGUGUAUGAAUAGUAUAUUCAUAAAGUUAGACUUUCUAUUGUUGGGUUGUAUGUUGAUUUGUGUUUUCAUUAGUGUAUAGUUUGUACAGUAAUCUAGAGAAUAUGGUGGGUUCUGGUUUAAUUUCAAGGUACAGUAUGAUAGACAUACGAUAUAUGAAAUCUGUUUUACGUUUUUAC